AUGGGGAGCUCCAAUGAUACGGGAGGUGGGGAAAAGGGAGGAGUGCCCGUCAAGGCCGAGAGUCCUGCUGACGGAGGGGAGAGUGAUGUCGCUGCGGCUUCUCCCGGGGACCCGUCCGCUGGGUCGGAGUCCCCCCCUGGUCAAGCUGAUUACGAAGAAGGGGAGAAGGUUCUUGCGUUUCAUGGCCCCCGUAUCUAUGAGUCCAAGGUCAGUAUCUCCCGAUCCCGGAACUUGCGGCUAGGGCUUUGUAGUUGUUUCCAGCUAGUUCUGUCUCCGUCAUUUCCGUACACGAUGGUGGUGGAUAGAUCGCGGAAAUAACGGGGUUUCUGACGGCUUUGUUAUCGGAAUACGAAUUACCGACUUAUAUAGAAAGUGUUUAUUGUUUGUUGGAUUACUAUCAAGUAGUUUGGGAGUCUUUAGUCAGAGAAAGUUUUCGUAUUCAAAAUAAAUCAAAAAAUAAUUUAAUUUAUUCGCUUUUUGGGGUAGCAUUUCAUUCAAUGUUAGUUUGAUCUCAAACGAGGUUUUUAAACAAGCAUUACCAUCUCUCGUGUGUCUAGGAGACAUUGCUUGAUGAAAGUUUCAUUCUGAUUAAUAGAUGUGUUUCGAUUUGGGUCGAUAUCUCAUUGGGAAGGCAGAAUUUUCUGCAAAUUAUUCUGCUUAUUUUCCCACACCUCCCCCCAAAAAUAUUGAGAAAAAAAUUGUGCAUCGAAGUUGGGGGGAUUGAAGUGAGAGAACGACGGGAGCGAUGCUGUAUCCCUUCUUUAAAAGGCAUAAGCUGCUACCGUAAAUAUUAUUCUGUUAACUGGGAAACAGGAACGGUCAAAGGAGGUGCUUGGGUAUCAUGUAUCGAAGCAAAGUUUUAAGCGUACUCAUCAAAAUGAAAAUGGAUAAUUUGAGUGAGAAAAAAAUUCUUUCGACUUUCAAAUAAUUCAUAAAGCAUGGAGUCCCUGUACCAUUCCUAAGCAGGGCUUCAAACACCUUGGGAUAGACGCUUGACAAGUAUUUGAGAAAUUGGUUUUAUGUACCAGGUGCGGGGUAGGGGUGUAGAUUCAUAUCCAGCCUUUGCUAGGAGUCUGUGAAGAUUUUCGUUCUAAAGCAGAGAAACGCUCUCCACUGUUUUUCUGAUGUAAGAAUUUGGAAUCACCACGAUCGAAUUACCACAGCUGGAUGGAUUAGAAUAGGCUGGCUAGAGCUUGGAAGAAAGCGAUGUGAUGAUUAUAAAUGAAGAAAAUCCUAAGGGAAAACUACCUGAAAAAAUUAGCACGAGAGAAUUAAUGGAUGUAAGAGGUCACUGAUUGAGGCUUUUGGUCUCAAAACCCUGAAUUCACAAGAUGUAAAUUGGUCUAUUUCCCUCUCUGCAAGGUGUGUAUUUGAUGGAGGCAUGAUGGAAAUCUGUGAUAGGCUGUUUCUUCUGAAUGUGAUACUUGUUCGUUCAUUGGAGGAGCAAGGAGGAAUGGAAAUUUUGCAGAGAGGUGAGAAAAAACAAGUGGUCAAACUUUCAAGCCUUUUUUGUUGAUUGUGCACAUGUGGCAUAAUAAGAUGUGUAAUAUGCUGCUUUUCCUAAAUGCAAGGCCCUUCAUUUGAUGGAGAGGCGAGUGACAGGAGCCAGGAGUGUGGGAAUAGCUCGUAGCUUUUUGUUUGCUGUCACUUUUUCCCCAGCGUUCAACUUGGUCUAAAUUGAAGUAUUUGUCUGGAUGAACUGCCUCAUAUGUUUCAAGCAUGUGAAGGGUAGGGCCCUUCAUCAGUCACAAUACUCUUUUUAAGGUCUCAUCCACUUUAGACACGAAAAUGGAGAAACAAUGGGACGAUUUUUUUCCAGAAAAAGGUGACCUUUCUUUCGAGAUGCCUUGAAUUUCAAGGACAUUUAUGGAGAAGGCAGUAUAGCAAUGACACGUGCUGAAAGAGAGGAUAACCUACCAGCAAAGGAUCAACAACUUUGAACUCUCUCAUGUUGUGAAGAGCCAAUAAUCUCUAUUAUUUGCGGAAAGUGGGAAUGAAGAGAUAUUGUACUAGUCAUGGCAGUACAACAUUCAGCAGUUCUACCAGAAGAUAUGGUUGUGCUAUGACAAAUUUGAUGUCAUUCUUGUUGACUAUGGAAUUAAUGCAAACCAUGUAAGGAUGAAAGUUGGGGAAAAUGUCUUCUACUACCCAAAUUAUACAACCAUUUUUAAUUAUAUACAGCUACCCUGGCCAAAAAAAAGGAAACUACCUAGGGAGGAAACUCCUCUCAACUAGGAAACUGACCAACAUAAACUAACUCCUAAUUAUACAUUUUUCCCCGCAGGGAUCAUUGUUGUAAUUUUUAUAACCGCACUCAAAAAUUGGAUUUGAAUUUAAACAAAUUCAAUCAUGUUCCUAUGCGAAUGAAGUGGUGGAAGUCAUUCUUAAGAUUUUGAAGAAACAGGGUAGCAUUCAUCAAGUAUUAUGAGGCCCAUCUGGGGGGAGAGAAAUAAGAAAAAAUCUGACAAGACAUUCAGGAACAGUUUUCUUAUCAUUACGGAGUAUAUUCAGGAACUACUUUGGAUGCUUGUGCUACACUACUUAAGUGGUGGAAGUCAAUCGUAGUCUAGAAACAGUAUGUUGGAAGCUGUUACUUCCUGCUAUUUUGUGUACCAUUAAGAGCGAGAAAUGACAGUUUUGAAGCAUGACACUUGAGAUCAGAGUUACCCAAUCUAGCUCAAGUGGGUGAGGAGAUUCUGAUACCGAGUUGAAUACUUCAAAAGUAUUUCAAAAUUGGGUGAACUUGGUUGAUGUAUGGGCUAAAUUGAUCGGAAGCAGUGAUUCAGAGGAAUUGGUUCCUAUAACAUGCUUGUGUCCAGGACUAACUUGGCUUUUUGGGUGAAAGAUGCCUUUAUAAGGCUCAUAGUUGUAUAAAUGACCUCAGUUAGCAUUUAGUUGUGAAGUCCUUCUGAAUAAAUAUUCUAAUGUGUCAAUAAAAAAUCUGAUUAAAAAUAAAAUCCGAAUUGGGUUCUUCCCCUGCUUUAGCCAUUUUGGCUGUUCUAAUCACUAUCCGAAGGUUCCAAUCUUGCUUGUGGGCUUCUGGAAGAUUGCUCUUUGUAAUUUAUUGAGGAUAUAUGUAUUUUUUAUGGUAGAUCGAGAAUGGCAAAUGUGAAUACAUUUUCAUCCAGAUGACCAGAGAGAGGAUAAACAUUAUUGUUUGAGUUAUGAUCUACAUCUGAUAACUUACACAUUAUUCUUCGAUGUAUCAUCUUGGAUGGUCAGGACUGUGCUCCCUCCUGUUAGUUGGUUUGCAUUUGUCUUUGAUCAGAGCUAUGAGAGGUAAUGCUUUCUCUGUUGUCUGUCAGGUUCAGGUGAGUACUAUCUGCAGCUUAGUGAAUAAGCUGCUUCCUUAACUUUAUUUACUAAUAAAUUAUGGCUUUUACCGUUCUCAAGGAAACAAAAGUUCAUUUAUUGUCAUCAAUAAUCAAUUGCCAUGAGGCAAAAUGCUUAUCUCGGAGAAAAAUAACCUCUACACGUUUUCAACGCAUACAUUGAAUAAUGUCAUAAGAGAAUUCCUUGUGUUUUGUUCACUGUUAAAGCUCACUAUGAGUCUAAAGUCUCUUUUCUUAUUCUGUUUGUUUGCAUGUCUAGUUAUCUUUUUUAACCUGUUCCCUGGUUGAUAGUUUAAAAUCUCUCCUGUCGAUGCUUAAUUUUGUUUUUAUGGUAUUUGUAUUGGUGUAUUUAUAAUCAUUUCAUUUUGACCUGUACUUGGUGCUUUACACAAUUAUAUAUAUAUAUAUAUAUAUAUAUAUAUAUAUAUAUAUAAUUAAAUCAAAUCUCUCCCUAAUGUGUAUAUGCUUAUAUUGUAUCAAAGUUUUACUCUAGUCUAUAGAAAUAGCGUUCUUUGUCAUGCUUAGAUAUUCAUAGUUUUCUGAGGCAAUCUCUAAGUAUUUGCUGAUUCCAAUCUCCUUUUCUAAGGUUCAAAAAGUUGAGUACCGGGAGAAUGAAUGGAAAUACUAUGUCCAUUAUCUCGUGAGUUAUUCACCGACUUUCUACCCUCUACAGGACUUUGAAUUCACUUCGUUGAACAUUUAUUUGGUUAAAGAAUUAUAUUGCCGUUGCUUAGUUCACCUUUACUGUUAAAUAUUGCCAAUCAUUUCAGAUGUUUGCUAAUUACUCAGCCUUUUUGCAGGGUUGGAACAAAAGGUGUGUGCUACCUACCUGCAGUUAUUCAGAGUUAUCAUUGGUACCAUUUUGACUUAUGGGUACUUCAUACUUUCCUUUUAACAUGACAAGCACCACGAUUAAUUAAUGAUGGAAACUUAUGGUGUACAAGUAUUUUAUUUCCAUCCGCUCUGAACCCUGUAUAAAUCGGAUGUGUCCCGAUGUGAGCUAGCUAAGAGAUGAGAUCCUCGGGGCACAAUACCUUGGCCCAUUUAGUCUCUUUGCAAAUGAAAGUUCAGCUUGUUAAAUGGCGGUACUGACUUCGUUGAAAACCUUUUUCUUUUCGUAGACAGAACGAUGUAACAUCAUUCUUAGAUAUACUUAAUGGGUUCCUGACUAUAAUGUUCCAAAUUAGGAUCUGCCUUCACAAGUUUUGCAGAAAAUCACUUUUUAAUCCACAGUGAAAAAGAGAGGUUGUUUGGAGCAGGUAAAAAGAUCAGCAUUGUGGGCAUUAGAAAUGAACCUUGCCUAGAAAAUUGCCGUUGUUUGGAGCAGGUAAAAAGAUCAACAUUGUGUUCAUUAGAAAUGAACCCAAGUUGAUUUAUGCUUGAGAAUGUCUUACACUAGAUGUCAGGUGCCCGUUUGAUAUUACAUUUUGCACAACAAAGAAAGCACACUUCACCAAGGUUGUGCAGUAGCACACUCCACAAUGAUGAAGGCUUCACACAUAUCACUUUUAAGGCAUUAUUUAUAUGCAUUCUGAUAGUCCCUCUUUGAAUUGCUUCAAUUGAAAUGAAUGUUCAGGCUCUGGUCAUCUUUGCAAUCGAGGCAAAAUUUUCAUUUAUCAAUCUGAUAAAAGUGUCAGGAUCAUUACCUUCUUAGUCAGAUUGAGUUGUAGUUUUAAUUGAUGGAGGCAAGUGUGCAGAAAUGGGAUCUACGUUCUACAAUCGUACUGAUAAAUAAAAUAUGCAUUACUAUACAAAAGUUGUAGAAUUGCCAAUGAUAGAGGGGAUAAUUCCAUCACUUGUACUUAUCAAGUGAAGGACCAAUAUAAAUAGCUCGUGAAGGGAAAGCAUACUCCUAGUAGACUAAAAGAGAACGGAGGAAGGUGCUCAAUGAGUGUAAUGUUCUGUAAUUUGUGUUUCUAGAUUACAGCAUUAGGAGCUCUUUGGCCAUCACAGUUUGUACCACUAGAUCACAUACCAUUUGCCAGAGCUAUGAGUGUUUAGAAUAGUGCCAUAUUGGCUACAGUAAAAGUAAAUCUGAGAUCAAAAUGAUUCCUCAUUUUGGGACAAUUAAUUUUGAUAGAUGACAUGAGUUUAAUGCGAUAUAGAUCCAAUGGGUGUGAGUUUAAUAGAUAUUGUCGUUGCAAAUAAGCUCAAAUUUCAGCUUGCACAGGAGUGGACAUAUUAUGAUUUGAUACUAUAAAUAAAUUCGUGAUUGUGAAUUGAUUUUUGAGUUAGAUGCCUCGAAAACAGAUAACUCUCUCAUUGACAACUAUUCAGUUUUCGAACUAAAUAAUUUUUGAGCUAGGUGAUUUCGUCAAAACUUGAGUUGAUGACCAGAUGCCUCUGGUAGUAAUCAGCCUUCAAACAAGAGAAGCCUUCUUUAUACGACAUGUAAUCUUCGAAAGCCCCUCAAUGUUCUACGUUAAAGCUAUGUCCUGAUAAACAGAUAGAAGGAAAAUGACGAGAGAAUUCCGUGGAAGAUAUAAGAGUUGUCAAGUCACCUCUUCGUUUGGAAGAAUUUAAUAUUUUAUUUAAAAACUCUGAAUGAAAUCCUAUUGCUGACGGUUCUUUGAUUGGACUGACAGAAGUUUCCUAGGUAGCAUAGUAGAUACACAUUAUAUCUUCCUAGGUGCAAUGCCAGUCUUCUGGUUUAUUUGAUGGGGGACCGCCAUACAGCUUUCUGGUGAUGCAGCAGCCCAUUGUUGACGGGCAUUACUGAAGCAUUACUAUCUUCUUCUCAAUCUAUUUUCGUCAUUUUUCCCUAUAUGCCUCUGUAUUUAUUCCAACUAUUCCCUCCUAGGGACAGCAUAUCUUUUAACAACGAUUCUUUCUAUUUCAGCUUAUGGGACCAUUUGUGGUUAAAACUUGCUGUAUUGUUCGUUUAAUAUUACAAAUCCAUGCGACAUUUGUGUAUUAUGUAUGUAUGGUUAACAGGUUUAACUGAAGACUCGAGUGAAUACUUUUCUUAAAAUAACCUUUUUGACGGUUGGGACUGAUACUAAUGAUGGCUUAUCUGGUAUACUGUUAUUAUUAAGUGUUGUGAACCUUCAAGUGAUCAUUUUCUUGAAAUGAACUCUUUCACAGUUGGGAUGAGUGGAUUGAAAGCAGCCGCUUGUUGAAAUUCAAUGAGGAAAAUGUUGAGAAGCAGAAAACCCUUAAUAAAAAUGGUAGAGCGAAGAACUUGAAGUCUUGGCGUUCUACUCAAAACAAACCCAAGGGAUCUAAUGGUUUGUCCACUUCACGCAUUUUAGUUUCUGCCUUUUGUUAGCCAUGGUUACCGUUAAGAUAAUUGCUUCUUUGCUGACCUGUACUACCAUAAAAAAGGACAUAAUAGCUUUACCUAAUCAUUUAGAUCCAAACAAGUGAUCAUAUAGUUGGUCACUGUUUCAGCUUUCAUUUUCACAUAACUCUCUGUCGACUCCUGUAGAGCCUAUGAUAAAAGCUAGUGGCAGAUUUGGUAUACUGCAGGCUCUGUUUGGCUUAGAGCUGAUGUAGAUAAAUCCCCAUUUUUUUACACAUAACCUUACUGCCUAGUCAACCCAUAACUUUUUAUCGGUUAUUGUGUGCUUCUAAUUUCUUUUCCUGGUAGUUUUAUUGAAAUUGUAGUUUUUGAAAGAAAUAUUUUGAUGCAUCUUUAAUAAUCACUGAAGUUUUCUUGAUUACUUGUUGAUAUUGGUGAAAUCUUCAGAGACAAAGCCAGAGAAAGAAGAUCCAAAAAACAAUUGUAAGUUGUUUCGUUUGCAAUUGUAAAUGCCUGUUUUGUUUUUAUUAAUGGUUCCACCAAAUAAUUUUGUUAGCACAGGAGUUUGAUUAAAUGUCUGUGAAACUUCGAACAUCAGACCUUUGUAAGAAUAUUUAUACCUGGCACAUAACUCAUUAUAACAUCAUUACUUGUAAUUUGUCUAAUUCUUAGGAAGAGUAAUCACCAAUAAGGGUUAUUGUUCAUUUAUGAUUGUGAAAAAUUAUAAUUUAUCGGAAGCAAAGUAUUUGCCACACUGCUUAUAUUGACUGGGUGACUUUUGUGUAACUUUGGGAAGAGUUAUGACUUUUAGAUAUUGUAAUGCCAAAAAAAAGGGAUGGAUAUCUCAGGACAGCAUUGAGAUAUGCAAAAAUGACAAGUUGACGAAAGAAAUGGCAAGAUUUAAUGCACUAUUUAAUAAAUACAGCGUAAGUUGAACUAUUUAAUGAAUACAGCCACUAGGAAAAAUCAGCACAAGGAACACACGUCUUUCCCAAAAGCAGAGUUCCCGAGACAUAGAUUGACACUAAUUAAAACUGACAGAGCCCUUGUGAAAGAAUAUUGAUAUUAGGUUUACUGCGUCAAUACAUCAGCUGCAGUCUGACAUCCUAAACAACAUCAUCAACAUCAACCUUGGUUGUUAUCAACAGUCUGUCAAUGCUAACUACAGAGAAUUCUUCCACUGCAGAUGCCCUUAUUUUAAAGGCUUUUUUGUCUGUUUGUCUCCUGACACAAUUUUUUUUGUAGGCUCUUCAAAUCUGUCUCAUCGUGCCCUAACAUUAAUCAUAAUUUCAAUUGUUAUAGUAUAGAACACACUUCUGGAAGUAUUUUUCUUGAAUCAUCUUUUGAGACUAAAUGUUGAAGAUUGAGUGAUGAAUUUAUCUAUAAAACGCCCCCCCCUCUCCCCAAUGAAAGAAAAAAGGUUCAAAGAGCUCAACACAAGAGAGAUCAUUUUCUUCUUUCCAGAGGGCUUCUGCUGCUGGUUGCUGUGGCUGAUCACUGGUUGAACGUCAACUCCCCAACCACACCCUGAGCUACCCGAUAAAGUGCAAGUAUUAAAAUGAUGAGAUAAGCCUUCGUAGGGUUGAGAGGAUUAUGAUCCUGAGCAGAAACGGACGAUCAUGGGAAAAGUGUAGAAUGGAUAUUUUUUAUAGAUGGUGACAGUUGACAAAAAGGCAAGUAUUAAAAUGAUGGGAUCUAGGAACAUUAGAGUGGUCGCCCUUUUGCUCAAGGUUAUACCCAUGAAGAGUAUACUUGGUGGGCAAGAAUAGCUUCAAGCAAAAAGGGUGUUGAGCAGAGAUAAAUAUGACAAGAGCAAAUGUCAUCUAAAAAAUAGGGCUCCACCUCUUUUCAAAAAAGGUGAAUCUGAAGAAAUCAAUGGGAUGGAAGACAUCACCUAUCUCAAAGUGAAAGUAUUCCUUCGCACAAUCAGUGCAAAGAACUUUGAUGUGACAAUGAGAGCGACUUCCUAGCGGUAAAAUCGCCAUAAGGAAGAAGAACCUUAGGUUUGUGGUCAAUGAACCAUACAAUAAUGGAAUUCUGUCACAGAAGGCAAGAUAACUAGGGCCCAGUUAUCAUAUUGCACUACACUAGAAGGUACUGUGGAUUUGAAUUCGUCUAAUAAAGGAAGGGCCAAGUGUUCUGCCCACCUGCCAUUGAUAGACGGAGACAACUGGAAGCUAGGAGUUCGGACUAAAGCAGAAAACUAAAUGACAACCCAGAAAUAUGACCUAAUAUUUCUUAUGAUAGAGAAGCCUCGAUUGUUGAGUGUGAGGAUGCUCGAUAUGCUACAAUUUCUAUCCCAUGACUGCUUCUAAUCCUCCGACCUGUAUGCUGAUCUUUCACAGAAAGGGAUGAAGCAGUGAACGAGACUGUGUACACAGAACAUUAUGACGUAGUGAGACAUGCUUUAAUUGAUAGCAUAUUUUCUAGAAAUUGAGAUGGAUGCAGGACGUGACAUAGUGAGACAGCCAGCUGACUGACUAGGGAGCGAUGGAGUAACAGAGCACUUAAAUUCAAAGUUUAGAGGGAAAUGAAGGUAAUCAUCUAACAGUAGAUGGGCUUCUUCUUUGCAUUGAAAAGGCCAUUCGUCUAUAAUCGGGGCUUGGCAUUAUUAUCAGGAGGAGCGAAAGGAGUUGUCUAACCUGCAUAGAUUUACAUCUCCCUAGAUGGUGUACAUGAGUUUUGAGUGGAGGAAAAGCAAUGAUAUAGAAACUAUCAUUGGAGACACGAUUGCUCAUGCAAUGGCACGAGGAUAAAUCGCAACUGAUGAAGGCUUCGACAAGUCAACUAGAUGGGGUCAACAGCAAAGCUGAUGUUGGAAAGAACUUCCAGUGGCAAGAGGAACGAUCAAAAGUGUGGUUCGCAGAAGAUCUCCAGUACACUACGAUUCUCAUGGUAGUUUCUGUGGAGAAGCAACAACAUCUAAUAACAAUUAACGAUGAGAGAAUGAGGGAGAGGGAGUAAUCUUCCCUGCAUUAAGGAAAUAGCCCAGUGUAUGAGACAUCACUAACAAGUCCGUGCUUAAGGAAAUAGCCCAAUAUAACAAGCCAUCUAUGCCACGUAAAGGACAUCUAACAUGAGAAAUUAUCCUUUUAAGAUUUUGAUUUUCAAAAGUUUUAAGUUAAGGAGAAGAGAAAUACGGGCAAUAGAAAGGUUCACACUGACCAGAUUUUUGUUUUCUCCUGUUGAAAACAGAAGGUCGAGAGUGAUAUGGACUUCGACCAAGGUCAACACAUGUCGAUCCCUGUUCCAGAAACAAUUUACCAAAAUUGUCUUUUUAUUUUUAGAAGAGGGUAACGUCUAAUUAAUAAAAGGAUUUUGUUUAUUUAUUUCGUACGUUUAUAUUGUAAGUUCACCUCCAAAACUAGGUCUUUUCCAUUUUCUCUGGCGACUGAUCCAGAACUUGAGAUGGUAACUUAAACUUUGAUAAACUUGUCACACUGCUCAGUGGUUCUGAAAUUUGUGUAAGAUUAUUGAUAUUAUUUUUUUGCAUCGUUUCAUCAUUUGCUAGCUAUCAACAGAAGCACGGGUGCUAACACUCAGCUGUGAGGAAUUGACUGUUCGUAUUACUGACGUGUGCUUUCUUGUGCAGUUCCCCGAGGUAAAAAGCGCAAGGGACACACUGGUGUUGUGGUAUGGCUCUUUGUUCUGAAUUUCCUUCACAUUGGGCUUAGGAUCUUUUUCCAUUUUUUUUUAUUGGUUCUGUUUUGCACUAACUGGUUAUCUGCAAGAAGUCUACAAAUACUUUAGAGAUGAGCAUCAUUAAAAUAACACAACAUCAUAAAGUCUCCAAUGGAUCAGUUGGAUCUUAGCAUUUUAAGAUCUGUAAAUUUAAUUUUUCUGUCUCCAAAAAUGGUUCCCUACAUCACUCUUAAAGGGCUUCCUAAGAUGUCCCAUAUUCAGAUUUCAGGUGCUAUUACUUGAUGUAAAUUAUCUGAUUAAUGCAUUAUAUUUAAUCCCAAAGAUGUGUUCAAGAAAUCAGGGUCAAAUAUUGGCCUGAACAAUGAGUUUUAGGUUAGGAAAUAUUUGAAAGGAACAGCUCAAUCGUAUUUAUUUCGUCUUCUUCCUGUGGAUUAGGAUGCCCCAUAUUUGUUUUGCUCUAACCUGCCUGGACAUCUUCCAUCCAAGCUUACUAACAUCAUCAGAGUUGUGCAAAAGUUAUUACCCUACUCCUUUUCGCAUAGAAGGGGAUCAAACCAGCCGUAGGAGGCAGAGACAUGUCCCAUUGUCCCAUGGAAAUCAAGAACAUAAAUUUCUGCUGCUGCACUACAUUUUACAUCCUAAGCCACUUUUAUGUACUUGACCAUAAACAUAUAAAAUGCAAGAGUCCAUUAGGUAAAAUAUUUACCUGCGAUAUGAGGGUUCCAAGCCCAAAUGUAAAUGAGGGAUAAGUGAAGAAAAGAAUCUGUUAACAUAUUCUCUUGCAUCAAAAAUUCUCCACAGAUUGCAGGGACCUGAUGUGAUUACGAUGGAUAUGAUCUGUUUGAUUAUAAUGUCCUGACUUUUUCCCUAAAGUAUUAACUGCAUCAUCAUUCCUUUGAAAUUUUUUAAGGUUCUGAACCUCUCCUAGUUGGUUAUAUCUGGCAGUCAACCACAUCUUGGCAUUUUUAAACUUGUUUUUUUCCGGAUAAGUUGUCAUGUCAUCCAUUUCAUCCUUCACUAGCGAUCAUCUUAUUUUAAAUCCAAAGAAUCUGCUGAAUUUUGCAGGGGUGGUUGUCUAUUUAGGGUGAUUUGGUGAUAUUCAUCAGAUAUAUUAUUUCUCAUUACAUUCUUGGUAUAGUUUAGGAUGUCUGGUCUUUGUUUCAUUUGCCUUAGCUAAAAUUGGUUAGUCUAGAUGGUGUUGUAUCCAUCUCAUUAUCAGAAUACUUUGGUUUCAGGAGGACAUUAAGCCCUCUGAGAAAUUCGUGACGAUACAGUUACCAUUGACGUUGAAAAAGCAAUUAGUGGACGACUGGGAUUACGUAACUCAACAGAAAAAGGUAAUUGGGUUUUCUCGUGUUAUAUACCUUUUUUUUUCUGAUAGGUGCAGUUAUGCUACUUUUAUUUGGUGUUAAGGCAGAGACUCUAUCUUUUAGUUUCUGGAUUGUAUAUUUUCUUCUGAUUAAAGAUUCCAUCUCUGUAUUGUAUGAUCUUUAUUCUUCAAUUGAAAUAAUGGAUGCUUUUUUUGUAUGUUACUCAAGUGUGUGAGCUCUUUACUUGCUGGCGAUAGCAGCUGUAUAUGGAUAAGCAUAGGCCAGUAAGUUUGGAUUCUAUCUGCUGAGUGAAUUCACACCAAGUAUUGCCUUUGGUUGUAAGUUUGAUCCCUUGUUUAUUGGAUUUUAGUCAUGGUAGGGGAAAUUGUUUGAUUCUGGUCCGGAUUGGGCUUGGUCUAGGCCAAUCUAUUUUAACGGGAAGUAAAGCCUUUAACCUCAUCUUAUUGCGCUUCAGGCAUGCUGUAUUAAGAUCCUUGUAUCCCCCACUGGAGUCCAGCUCAAAAAAUCACGAGCUCUUACAGUUUAUACCAUUCAACGGGAACUGUACCUAGAAAUCCUAAUGACUUGAAAAGACUGAUGUCUCUGAGAUUCAAAGGAAUGGCGUUGCUAGCUCUAAGGACCGUAAUUUAGGUGAGAAGUACAUAUGUGAGUAUUGGACCUGCUACUCAACAUCUAUGUGAUCGUGAGAUGUCACAUAAUUGUUAAGAACAACAAAGGUGGCACCUCAAGAUGUGGUUAAAUUCUAGUGUCCACGUAGAGUGUUGAUUAUGUUCUUGAAAUGGCAACCAAGUGCACACUGACUGAACAAUAAAGAUCGAUUAAUGAAUCUCAGAUUCAUAUUUAUAAAAAAAUAAUACAAUUAUUGAUCAUUAUUUGGUAAUUUGUCAAGAAUAUUUUCCACCUGGGCUUAUGUAAGCCAGUUUACCCUCAAGAUAGUGACAGUUAUAUCUGUUGUACGCAAUGUCAAGAAUAUACGCACUGUAGUCUUUCUGACGUCAAGUAGAUGGUAUGGGUAUUACUGGAAGCUAUCCUUCUUCUAGAGGUGGUUGACCCUAAUGUUUUUGUCAAUUGGUUCCUUGGGUGCGGUGUGGCAUUAACUGGGUUUUAUCUCUAUUCGCUCCUACAUUGCUUUUCCUGUCAAAACAUAGCCCAAUUUUCUGAGAGAACAGUAUACUUUGUUGAAAAAAAAAUUGAAAAAAAAUCUCGUAUAUUACUCCUUUUGGGCUUGGAAAUUAUUUGAUUGAAAUUGAAUGAAACCCUUAAGCAUUUCUGUCGUUAUUUAUUUUUGUGUUAAACUUCGUUUUGUUUUAAUUUCAGCUGUUAGAGCAGAUUUAAUUUUGCAAGGGUUGUGCUGGGACAUGUUUAGUGGAGUGUAAACAGCACUCACAUUUUCCUUUCUUUUUCUUUUCUCAUGAAUGAGGACAUCUCUUAAAACUUUUCUGUUUGUUCUUGCCGGUCAUCUGACAUAUGAGGAAUUGUUUCAUGAAUGAAUGCUGGCUAUUUUUUUAUAAAUCAUGGAUUUUCUGUUACUGCUAUAUUUUGGCUCAGUAAUCCUUUGAAAUGGUGUAAAAUUUCUUGAACAGCACUAGUUCACAUCUUUGGUUGAACUUCUACAGUGUUAAAUUAUUAUUUAUCAUUUUUUUUUAAUUCAAUAUGUUAUCUUUUCUAGAGUAGGAAACAAAACCCAUUUUUUACCAUUCCCCUUCAGUAUUCUUGUGACAAAGAUACAUCUUUUACAUCUUGUCUGGACAUUAUUUUCUGGAGUCAGUCCAAGUUUUGAUAUCUCCUAUUCUUGAAUUUUAAUAACUUCUUUUAUCUUUCUUGCAGCUCGUUAAGCUUCCUCGUAAUCCCAGUGUCGAUGACAUACUGAAGAAGUAUCUUGAGCACCGCACAAAAAAAGAUGGCAUGUAAAUGUCCUUUGGUUUCUUUUAACAUUCUGUUGUAAUAUUCUGCAGUGAUUGAACUACUCAUUAGAAGAUUCUUAGGGUUGAUUGUUAAAUCUGUUAAAAGAGUUGAAUAUGAAAACUUGUACUUCUGAGCUUAUGCUUGUGCUUGCGUGGCUUCUUUCGUUUAGGAGUUCUAAUAGGUGAUUUAUAGUUAUCAAUCAUUUCCCAGAGCCCUCCAUGAAUAAGUUCAUUUUCCCCUGAAGUCUUGUUUUUCAAUUCUCUUCUGUUAGCAGUCCUCUAGUGAGGAUUUUGUUUGUAAAAUCAGUAUUGGAAAAUGUCAUAACAGCACUUGAUAUUUCUACGUUGAAAAAGUACAUUAAUUCUUUGGUGCUAUUAAGUAGCUGACUAGGGUGGAGAUAUUCGUUGUGUAAUUUGAGGUUAUGCCGUGCUAAAAUUUUGGGGUGGCAUUAGUGCAGUAAUCUCCUAAUAAGUUUUCUAUUUUUAUUGUAACUCCAUCAUUGUGGAACUUCAUGUGGUUGUGAAUGUGGAAAAAACUGGGAUCGCCAAAAAUUUGGCGUCUCCAUGCGCUUGAUCCUCUCUCUCUCUUUCUCUCUCUCUCUCUCUGAGAGUGCCCAUCCACUUGCUUAUCAAUGAUCCUGGUUUUAUCCCUGAUAGAAAUUAUAAUAUCUAUUCUGCAGGAUUGCUGAUUCAGUGGGAGAGAUUUUAAAGGGCAUUCGUUGCUACUUUGACAAGGCAUUGCUUGCCAUGUUGUUGUACAAAAAUGAGCGUGAACAAUACGAGGCAGCUGUUGACGAUAAAGUAUCUCCUUCAUCUGUGUAUGGCGCAGAACAUCUACUCCGUCUUUUUGGUAUAAAAACCCUGACUGUUUUUCUUGCCUUCUCGUUCGACGUCUUUAAAGUUUCUUUAAUUUUUUUCCGGGAUCAUUUUCAAUAUUGAUGAGCCUUAUUGUCAUUUGUACUUGAAUUCUCUAUUAAAGUAUUUAAAUUUAAGUGGGUCAUGUCUUCUUUGUUUCCUUUGGAUAGAUCUGCGAUUAAUUGAUUCGCUCCACAUUACCUGUCAGCUUUCUCUUAUUGAAGCUGAAGAACAAAGCAUAAACGUAGCUGUUGUAUCUAGCCAUAUUAAGAAAUCUAUUUCUUCUAACAAUUUUAUCAUCCUGUCAAUGGAAAAAUUACUGCCGUACUUCAAUAGUACUUAAAAUGAAUGUAGUUAUCCUCCCGUCUGUUAUUGGUGUAGACUCCAGCAUAUAUGUUUCAUCAAUAUGUUCUUCAGUCAAUCCUAUAUACCUGAUGAUUCUACCAGUUACUCAACGUUCAUAUGUAAUUAAAUUCAUGUUGUGGGUCCAAGUGCAAUUAUUGCACAAACAGUUUCCUUAAUGACCCUGGCAUCACCUUUUUUCACUAGUGGGAACUCCUACGAUAAUGUCAUGGAACUGGAAGAUCCUCGAAAUGGAUAUAUAGUAAAUCCAUCUAGACCCUUGGAUAGGACAGCAUGUAAUUUUGAAGUUUUGCUGUGGCCUGAUAGUCUGCCAGGAUCUCUUCUUCCGAAUUCUCUGCUUGAAAAGGGGCUAGGUACUCUCUUUUCUAAUGAAAAGACGUCCCGGGCUUGGCGUAUGUUGAAUGUAAGUGGGUUCUGCUGGGUUGUUCCUCCAACUGAUAGAGAUCUAUGAUCUUUUGACAGUCAAGUUACCAGAGCUACUCACCUACGUCCACAUGGAGGAGGAGGCUCUCGCAAAAUUGCAGCAGAAGCUAUCCGAAUUUCUCAAGUAUGUAUGGCUUCAUCCACUGGGGCAUUAUAUACUUUCAUUAUAAGGGAAUACCUCUGUUUAUUCGCUUUCCUUGCCUUGCCACGGGCUUUUCCGUCUUGCAACCCGUGGUAAGACUUUGGGUAAUCAAAAAGAGGACGAAUCAUGGGAUGCGUCUUAGAGGAUGCCCAGUCAGUCACUCCCCGACCAUAAUCGGGUUGGGUGGAGGAACCACUGAGUGCUACUAAUCUAUCAACUGCUAGAGAUCAGAAUAGGAUAUCCAAUUAAUCUCAAGGGCAUUCUUCCUAUCUACCUAUCUUACAGGUUUCUGCAGAAAAAUCAGAGCUCAUUCUUCCUUGCCAAUUACGAACCCUCUAACAGGGAAUGA